UGGCAAGGUGGAUCACAGGAACUUGCAGACACCUUCUUCAAAGCACUGCAUAUGCUGUCACCAAACCAUUAGCUUCUUUGUUUCUUUUCUCCUUCACUCUGCAAAUGAAUAUCUAAUUGGCCUCAUCCAUAGUUUGGGGAAUAAUGUGACUGAGACUGGCACAUUUGGAUUUCCUGGUACACUGUACACAUUAAGCUCCUUUUAGAUCUUGGUGAGUGAAAGUAUCUACAAUGAAUUCAAGGCAGUUGUCAUCUGAAAUCCAAAUUGGAGGAAGGAGAUCACUUUCCAGGGCAGAAGUCUUAUCUUUGCUGAACACGUACAACUGUUUUUUAAAAGAUAAGACAAACCUGCACUUAAACGUUCAAGAGAAAGGAGGUGAGGUGAUGGUGGAAGGUUUCCUGGUCAUCUCCUGGGGGGUACGGAAACCUAUUCGCUUGAAAAUUCAAGAUGAGAAACAAGUUCUGCAAAUUCAAAGGUCGCCGGGCCCUGUCAGUCCACUCGGAGGAAAGAGAGGGAUGGUCCGCUGGGGAGAAUGGGAUGAUCUCCUUCAUAUUGAUGAAAUGAAUGAAACUCAACAAGGUCUAGCUGAACCAACUAACUACAAUACAGAGUGUCAGGAAUAUGCAGGCAGCACAAUGAAAGCUCCUCAGAUGAAGGCCACUCUAGAGGAAGCUUCAAACCUUUUCCGCACCAUGAGUGAUGCCUCUCUGGUGAAGAAGAGGGUGAAAACCAGGACAGCAGCAGAGAGGCAACAGGCAAAACAGCACCGCUUCUCCAUCAACGGCCACUUCUACAACUACAAGACCUCUAUAUUCACUCCAUCCUUUGGAACUCCCACCAACGUACGGAUUAACAGCAGUAUGACAACUCGUGAAGUUAUACAGCAGCUACUUCAAAAAUUCAAGAUUGAGAAUGACCCACAUGAAUUUGCUUUGUAUUGUAUUCACCAAAGUGGUGAGAGGAGAAAGCUUAGUGAUUCAGACCUGCCUUUGUGGGAGCGAGUUCUUAAUGGGCCCUCUGAGAGCAUAAUGAAGAUGUUUUUGAUGGACAGCGAUGAAAUGGAAGUCAGCAACGAUGUGGCACAAUAUCUGAAUUUGGAACUGCCUCUUCUGGAGGGAGUACUGCAGAGGCUGAAAGAAGAAGAAAACAGAGAGAUAGAGAGAAUCAUCACAAAGUACAAGCAACAGAGGAGACUCCUCUCACAGUGCCUGGGAUCAAAGCUGAAACCAAAGACAGAGACCACUGUGUAG